ACCGCCGCAUGGGCAACACGUCCUAUAAACUCACCCUAGACCGAACCCGCCCCGACGUUGUGUUAACCGUAGUGGGAACGAAUACGUUGUGAUUUGUUUUGAGUGUGACGUCACUAGUGCAAGCUGUGAACGUAAACGCAUAAAAUUGGUGUUUUGAGUGCACUAUGAGGUUGUUUACAACGUUAUGAAUGGUUUGGACCGCUGCUUCUUCGAUCAACGUGAGUCGCAACAACAUGGGGAUGAUUGCAGCUAUAGUUAUAUAAGCCUGGGCCGGCUGCACCCGUACGGCUCGGGCAGCGGCAGCGGUUCCAGCAGCGGAAGCGGGCGGCGGCGCGCGCGCAGCGGCCUCUCCGACUCGCCGACCGCUCCCGCUACGCCCACGUCGGCAUCCGACAACGCGUCCGACGCAACCCUCACGGACUCGGAGUUGCCGCUUGCUAGGGAUUCCACCUUGCUGCAUAACGGAAUGCUGAGGUCCACAUUCGACCGACCAGACCACGAACGGUGUCUACUGGAAGGUUCGCGUCUCCCGCCCGAUGUGCCGCCUCGCAACCCGACCAUGUCUCGGCUGAACGGUCGCAUCACCGGGAACCCUGCGGAUUUAGGCGACUUCGAACCCUCCUGCCUCGUUCGCACACCCUCCGGUAACUUCUACGUGCCUUCAGGUGAAUGGGAUAUUCAAAAGAAUCCGUCUAUGGACUACAAGUCAAACUCAUCGUGUAGUAGUCCGGGCAAGCCAGAAAAGAGCACGUUAGAAAGAAUGGAGCGGUCAGACCGGCCGCACCCGACCUUCGGUACCCCAGUUCCAGUCCUUCCUGUUAGGAAUAACCUUCGAUCCUCGAACUUUCCCUCAGCCGGUUCACGGUUUCACUUUCGAAAAGGCCUGUCUUCAAGGUGCUCGUGGAAGUGUACCGCUAUUGUAUUUAUAAUACUAUUUGUUGUAUUGUUAGCCAUCGCGUCUUAUAUUACAGCGUCGUAUUUUGUUAACUGGACGUAUCAAAACCCCAAAUCAUGUACAGUAGUCGUCGGGGAACCAACAGAAGUGUUUCCGGCAUCAAAAGCAACAUCACUGGAGUUCGCCAACAAAACAAUGGCGAGGCCGCAUCAAAGUUUGCCAACCAUUGGCACAGGUAAAGAGGAACAUCACUCCCGCCAUCGUAGAAGUGUAGAUGUAGUAGAUGGGCAUGCUUCUUCUUUACCUCAAUCUGUUCCUUCCGAGGAUUCUUCCACCGCCGUAAAUAUGCAUGAUAUAAACAAUUCUGUGAACACUGUUAGCUUAGUGCAUGGUGUGGCUGAAGAAAUCACCACUCAGCGGGACGAAGAAAUCAACGUGGGUUCUAACAAUGCUUUUAUGUCUAGCAAUGUUAAUAAUGUGUCGGUUAACACUGGUAAUCUAACAAAUAAUCUUGGGCUUUCUACGAGUACGGAACCGCCAAAAACUCCGAUGACAACUACUUCAAAAACUACUGAACACUUAACAACGAAAGCAAUUGAAACAACUUCUAUUGCUUCCACAACUGCUAAAAUAACAACUCAAGUGACUAACAAAGUUAAAGAGACUCAUAUAGAAUACCCAGAAGAAAUAAAUAAUGACGUUAAUACGCCAACAAAAUCUGAGAAAGAUAAUGUCGCUUAUGAACCUGAAGAUAUGCAAGGUGAUUCGUUUUCAUUGAUUCGUCCAUACGGUAUGGAGAAACUUAAUUUCUUUAAAAUCCAAAAUCAAUUAGAAAAAAUUAAAGAAGUUCUCCACAUUUAUUCCAAUGAUUCAUCUGAUAUGGACAAAGAUUUGGAAAAGUUUCAUUACGAUAGUGAAAAUACUGGGUCAAAAACUACGUCAACAACAAAUAAACCAAAAAUAGCAGCUGAAGAGACUACUGAGGCUAAGACGACAACUAAAUCAACUUCGGAAGAUACUACGACAACUAAAUCAACUAAUGAAGGCAUUACGACAACUAAAUCAACAACUGAAGUGCCUUUAACAACAAGUUCGAAUGAAAAAACUAUAACAACAAAAAUAAUGCUUAACACCACAAAUAUUUUUACUACGCACAAUGAGCAUGUUGUUACAACAACACCAACACUGAGUGUUACUAAUAGUACAUAUACGACUACUACCAGUGCAACAAAUGCUGAUGAAAAUUCUACUGUAAAUACUGUUGAUACUAAAUUCCCUGAUGUGACUAAUCCUAAACAUGUGUUAAUUAACCUAACAAUAUCUGCUGAUGAUGCAGAGAGUUCAUCAUUUAAACAGCUUUAUUCUUUAACUUUAACCGUUCCAACAGUUGGAGACUCAAAUGAGAUACCAACUGUCAAAGUUACUCCAAUGGAUGUAGAACCAACGCAAGCAUCAAAUUUCAACAAACCUAUUACUUUAGAAGGUGCCACCAAAGUCAAUAAACCUACAGAUGACGAUAGUGAGAAAGGUGGAAGCUGUGAAUGUUCAUGUCCAGCUUGCAUCAGCAAUGCAACUGAUGACAUGUUUUAUGAUGAAGCAACAGAAAAUGGUCCGACAACAGCCUCCUCAAGAUUUGAUUCAUCGACUGUAGUAGAUCAAAUAUCAAGUACUGACCAAUCCAACUUAACAGAAUCGACAACUGAGGAUCUGACGAAGUUAUCAAGUACUACGGAGGCAGUAACAUUUUCUACUGACUCAACCUCUGAAAUGAGUACUGAAAUGGAAAUGUCAACUACGGAGGAAACUAUUUCCACAACAGAUGACCCAACAACAGAAACCACAAUUGAAACUGAACUUUCCACCACAACCGAAUCACCAAAAUGCGUUUGCCCAAAAAUUCAGCCUCCACCCAUUCUUAUACUGGAAGGUGCGCGAACGUUCCCCGCGCAAACAUUUCCACCAGACGGAACGACGUUCAAACAAAUUACUUUAGGUGAAAAAUUAUCAAAAGAAAUCCCUCCAUAUAGCUACUGGAAUAUGCAGUUUUAUCAAACUCAAGCAAGUUACGUAAAGUUCGACUACAUGAUACCCCGAGGUGCUUCUAUAGGCGUGUACGCGAGAAGAAACGCUUUGCCGACUCACACACAGUAUCAUAUCUUGGAAGUUCUCAGCGGUUUCAAGGCGAGAACAACAAGAACGUCACAUGCCUUUAAUUUGCAGCCUUCCAUCAAGAAAGAAGUAACUCACUAUAUGGAACAAGGUCACUGGUUCUUAUCUCUGUACAACGACGAUGGCGACCCACAAGAAAUCUCAUUCAUUGCAAUGAUAGCUGAUGAAAUGACGCACAACUGUCCUAACGGAUGCUCAGGGAAAGGAGAAUGUCUCAUGGGUCAUUGUCAGUGCCAGGCUGGUUUCGGUGGAGAUGAUUGUAGCAAGAGUGUAUGUCCAGUUCUAUGUAGUCAACGAGGCGAGUACAUCAACGGCGAGUGUCAAUGUAACCCAGGAUGGAAAGGCAAAGAAUGUUCCCUUCGACAUGAUGAAUGCGAGGUCCCCGAUUGCAACGGGCAUGGCCAUUGUGUCAACGGAAAAUGUUCUUGUGUUAGAGGAUAUAAAGGCAAAUUCUGUGGAGACAUCGACUGCCCUCACCCAACUUGCUCCGGCCACGGUUUCUGCAUCGAGGGGUCCUGUAUCUGCAAGAAAGGUUGGAAAGGUGUUGACUGCGCUACAAUGGAUAAGGACGCUCUUCAAUGUCUACCUGACUGUUCUGGACAUGGAACCUUCGACGUUGAUACGCAAACAUGCACUUGUCACGCAAGAUGGUCCGGUGAUGACUGUUCUAAAGAGAUUUGUGAUCUUGAUUGUGGUUUACACGGAAGAUGUGUGGGAGAAUCCUGCGUAUGUGACCCUGGUUGGACUGGAGAAUUUUGUACAUCCAAGCUGUGUGAUGCUCGUUGUAGCGACCACGGUCAAUGCAAGAAUGGUACUUGUCUCUGCGUGUCUGGUUGGAAUGGCCGUCAUUGCACGUUGGAAGGCUGUCCACGAGGGUGCGCUGGUCACGGACAGUGUAAAGUCGCAAACGACGGUCAAUGGUCCUGCAAGUGCUUCGAUGGAUGGGACGGUCCAGACUGCACGACCCUCAAAGAACAAAUCUGUGACGAUGGAAAAGAUAAUGACAAAGAUGGCCUUGUCGACUGCGAGGAUCCAGAGUGCUGCUUAAGCCCCAUUUGCAAAGGUAGUCAGCUCUGUGUGUCGUCACCGAAGCCUACAGAUAUUCUCCUUAGGAAACAACCUCCCGCGAUCACUGCAUCAUUCUUCGAGAGGAUGAAGUUCAUCAUUGAUGAAGGUAGCCUUCAAAACUACGCAAAGCAGGAGAACUUCAACGAAAGUAUGUUUUGGAACCACUUCAACUCGAGUCGUUCAGCUGUGGUCCGUGGUCGAGUUGUUACCUUACUUGGAACUGGUCUGGUUGGUGUCAGAGUGUCCACUGACACUCCUCUCGAAGGGUUCACUCUGACCAGAGAAGAUGGCUGGUUCGACCUCCUCGUGAAUGGUGGUGGCGCUGUCACAUUGAACUUUGGAAGAGCGCCAUUUAAAAGGGCUACGAAGGUCGUCUACGUGCCUUGGAAUGAGGUUGUUAUUAUCGACACAGUUCUAAUGACGACAAUGGAUGAGAAGAUCAACAUGGGUCCUCCCCAAGCCUGCCUUGCUCAUGACUAUGAUACGAUGAAACCAGUCGUCCUGGCCACAUGGAAACACGGCUUCCAGGGAGCUUGUCCCGACAAGAGCGCUAUUUUGGCUGAGUCACAAGUCAUCCAAGAAAGUCUUGAAAUCCCGGGAACUGGUUUGCAUCUAGUAUAUCACAGUUCUAGGGCAGCUGGCUAUCUUUCCACCAUCCAACUCCAACUUACUCCCGAAAAAAUACCAUCUACUUUGGCUCUUAUCCACCUUAGAAUAACAAUAGAAGGUAUCCUCUUCAAGAAAACUUUCGAAGCUGAUCCAGUUAUUAAGUUCACAUAUCCCUGGAACCGCCUCAAUGUUUACAAGCAAAGAGUAUACGGUGUUACGACAGCACUUGUGAAAGUUGGGUACCAAUACACCGAUUGUAAGGAUAUCAUUUGGAAUGUGCAAACGACCAAAUUGAGUGGGCAGGACAUGAGUAUAUCGGAUGUUGGUGGCUGGAAUUUGGAUAUCCACCAUAGAUACAACUUCCAUGAAGGUAUCUUGCAAAAGGGAGAUGGAACUAAUGUCUACUUGAAACAUAAACCUCGUGUGAUCAUAACGACGAUGGGCGAUGGCCGUCAACGUGAACUGGAAUGUGGAGAUGAUUGCUCAGGAGUUGCUUCCAGGCAACGACUAUUAGCACCAGUAGCAUUAGCCGCGGCUCCUGAUGGUUCUAUUUUCGUAGGAGAUUUCAAUCUCGUCCGGAAGAUUAGCCCUGAUGGAACUGUGCGAACAGUGGUGAAGUUGAAUGCCACUCGAGUCUCCUAUCGGUACCACAUGGCGCUAUCUCCACUUGACGGCAACUUGUACAUCUCAGAUCCAGAAUCUCAUCAAAUCAUCAGGGUCCGAAACACCGAGGACUUCAGCGACCCUGAACACAACUGGGAGACUGUCGUCGGUUCCGGAGAAAGAUGUCUACCAGGUGACGAGGCUCACUGUGGUGACGGAGCAUUAGCGCGAGAUGCAAAGCUCGCUUAUCCUAAAGGAGUCGCCGUUUCCAUCGAUAACAUUGUCUAUUUUGCUGAUGGCACCAAUAUCCGAAUGGUAGACAGAGAUGGUAUUAUUACUACCAUCAUCGGUAAUCACAUGCAUAGAGCUCAUUGGAAACCCAUACCUUGUGAAGGCACGCUUAGUGUUGAAGAAGUCCACUUACGUUGGCCUACAGAACUCGCUAUCAACCCAUUAGACAACAGCUUGCAUAUCAUCGAUGAUCACAUGAUUUUACAAAUGGCACCUGACGGUCGAGUAAAAGUAAUUGCAGGAAGACCUCUUCAUUGUCCUUCACCCAUGACCGGUAUUGAUGUUGAGUUGGCAACAUAUGCAACAUUGGUCAUGCCGCAAAGUAUCGCUUUCGGUUCAGCAGGAGACCUGUAUGUAGCUGAAAGUGACUCGCAAAGAAUAAAUCGAGUUCGUCUGAUCACCACCGAUGGCAAAAUUUCUCUGUAUGCUGGCGCUGAAUCAAAAUGUAAUUGCUUAGAAAGGGGAUGUGACUGUUUCGAAGCUGAUCACUUCUUAGCCUCAAACUCGAAGUUUAACACCAUAUCAGCAGUCAUAGUGAGUCCUGAUGGCAUCGUUCAUAUUGCAGAUCAGGCCAACUACAGAAUUCGAUCAGUAAUGGCUAGCAUACCGGACGCAAGUGGCGCUAGGGAAUACGAAAUCUAUUCACCCGACACACAAGAAAUUUACAUCUUCAACAGAUUCGGCCAGCAUAUAACGAGCAGGAAUAUCUUAACUGGUGAAAACAAUUAUGUUUUCACCUAUACCGUGAACACAAGCAACGGAAAGCUUAGCACCGUUACUGAUGCAGCCGGCAACAAAGUAUUCCUACUUAGAGACUACUCCACCUCAGUUAAUUCUAUCGAAAACACCAAGGGUCAGAAAUGUAGGCUGAAGAUGUCAAGGAUGAAGAUGCUUCAAGAAUUAAGAACUCCUGACAACUUCAAUGUUACCUUUGACUAUUAUGGGCCAAGCGGAUUACUUAAGUCAAAAUACGACAGUACAGGAAGAAGUUACGUAUACAAGUAUGAUGAAUUUGGCCGUCUAACAUCCGCUGUGACCCCCACUGGUAGAAUCAUUAAUCUGAACUUCGAUCUCAGUCUCAAGGGCGCCACUGUCCGAAUUACUGAAAACAAUAAGAAGCCUAUUUCAAUCUUGAUAAAAGGAUCCUCAGUUAACACUCGUACAGGCGAAGCAGAACAGAAAACUAUUAUUUCAUCAGAUAGCAGUAUUUCAUCUAGCAUGCCUUGGGGUCACGUAAUAUCUACCGACACCGUGCCUUAUACUGUUCUAGCUGAGAUUGAUCCUAUUCUGGGUGAAAGCUUCCCUAUUCCAGCAAAACAACGAACCGAAGUUGGCGGCGACUUAGCGAAUAGAUUCGAAUGGCGAUAUUUCUUGCGAAAACUUCUAAACAAAGCAAGAACUGGAAAAUCCAUCGCCCAAGUUGGACGUAAACUUAGAAUAAACGGCGAAAACUUACUGACUUUAGAGUACGACAGAGACUCGUCAACUAUUGCCGUAUUCAUGGACGAUAAGGUAGAGCUCUUGAACGUUACUUAUGAUAGAACUGCAAGACCAGUGAGGUUUGGACCCAGCAAUGGAAUAUUCGCUGAAGUGGUACUUGAUUAUGACAGAUUCAACAGAUUGACUAAAUGGAGUUGGGGUGAUCUAAAUGAAACGUAUGGUUUCGAUAGAGCUGGCAGGCUGAAUGAGAUCCGCUACGGAGAUGGAUCGUCGCUAGCUUACUCCUUCCGGGAUAUGUUCACGUCACUGCCAUUAAAGGUAACAACACCAAGAGGUAGCGAUUAUCUGCUAGACUACGAUGACUCCGGCGCAUUACAAAAUCUAACCACUCCAAGAGGUCACAUUCACACAUUUGCUCUCAUGACAUCACUGGGCUACUUCAAAUAUCAGUAUUUCUCCCCGAUGAACCGUCAUCCUUACGAAAUCUUAUACAAUGAUGAUGGCAACAUUCUAUCUAAAAUUUUCCCUCAUCAAUCUGGUAAAAUUGUGUACGUGUAUGAUAACAGUGGAAAAUUAGAAAUGGUACUGGCAGGUGCUUCGGCUAUUCGCUACGUAUACCAUGAAAACACCCACCUUGUAAAGAAUGUUGAAAUCACAGAUUCCGACUACGAACUAAGACAAGAUUAUAAAUAUCACGCUGGUAUUCUCAAGGAUCAAAAAAUGAAAUUCAGUCCGAAGAGCAAUCUGAACAACGCUCAUUUCAAAUAUCAAUACGAUGGCAACGCUCGGCUUUCCACAAUUGAUGUUAAUAUCAAUAGCAAAGAAAUGCCACAGCUGAGGAUGAAAUACAAUCAAAACCUAGGAAUCCUUGAAGCACUCAGCGACUUGAGAAUAUAUCGAAACACGUUCAAUAGAUCAGUUAUGCAGGACACCAGUAAACAAUACUUUACAAUUACGGAUUACGACGACCGCGGCAGAGUCAAGACAAUACUGAUAAACAUUAAGGCUUUCGACGUCUUCCGUCUUGAAGUUGAAUAUGACUCAAGAAACAGAAUCAAAUCGAAAAAGACAAUGAUUGGCGAUACUUCUUCGAACGAACGAAUUAGUUACAACUACGACGGACAUCUGAUGGAAGUAGUAGGAUCUGAGGACGACUGGAAAUACGUGUACGAUGAGAAUGGCAACGUAAUCGGAGUUAUCGAACACGGAGAGAAGCGAUACCUUGGCUACGACAUCGGGGAUCGGGUUGUCCAGUACAGUGAUGUGGAAUACAGCAGCUAUGAUGGUCGAGGUUUCGUUAUAAGACGCGGCGAACAAAAAUAUAGAUACAAUUCUCGAGGUCAGUUCGUACAUGCAUCUGAAAGGGAUAAGUUCCAAAUGUGGUAUUAUUAUGACGACAGGAGUAGAUUGAUAGCAUGGAGGGACGAUAAGAGCAAUGUCACCCAAUUCUUCUACGCCAACCCGCAGACACCGAACUUAGUGACACACGUCCACUUCCCGAAAUCUGGAAAGACUGUACGAUACCUAUACGAUCAGAGAGACUUCUUGACGUGCAUUGAAACCGACGAUCAGCGAUUCUAUGUUGCUACCGAUCAAAAUGGAUCACCUCUCGUAGUAUUUGAUGUAAAUGGAGAGAUCGUGAAAGAAAUCAAACGCUCGCCGUUCGGAAAGAUUGUCAAGGACACGAAUCCAGAGUUUUAUAUUCCUGUAGACUUCCAGGGAGGAAUAUACGAUGAUUACACCAAUCUAAUUUACUUAGAUGGCCGUUUAUACGAUCCUGUUGUUGGUCAAUGGAUGACUCCUAGCUGGGAACAUUUGGCUAGCAAGCUUCACCUUCCUACAGAUAUCUUUAUCUAUAGAUUUAAGAAUAACGAUCCAAUCAAUAGGAAUCAGAACACUCCUUACAUGACGGACUUGGGCAGCUGGCUUCAACUGUAUGGAUACGACCUCAACAAGAUGAUGGGAUCAAGAUACAUCACGAAUAUGAUCUUCCAACCGAAAGUAGAAUUAACUGCACCAAGAUUAACUCCUGACUUCGAAGUUUUGUCUGGAUUACAAUGCAUUAUUGAAAAGAUAAGCCAUAAACUCGCAGACAUGAACUUUGUCCCAACGCCACUUCUGAAAAUGGAACCAAUCACAAGAAACCUGCUGCCACGAGUGUCAUACAAACGUGGAGUUUUCGGUGAAGGAGUUUUGAUAUCAAGGGUAGAUGGCAAAGCACUAAUCAGUGUAGUAGACGGAGCAAACAACGUCGUGGAAGAUGUGAUCACCACUGUAUUCAAUAACUCAUACUUCUUAGACGUCCACUUCAAUAUCCACGAUCAAGAUGUAUUCUACUUCGUAAAGGACAAUACGCUAAAGAUCAGAGACGACUUGGAGGAACUCAGGAGGCUCUCCGGCAAAUUCAACGUGUCGCAAGAUGAAACUAAUGAUCAAGGAUUAGAGGUCCGCGUGCAUGCUGUUGGCAAGGGCUCAGCGCAAGCAGUAAUCGUCCUCCGAUAUGGUGUAGAUCCUAAUCAAGAACGCAUCAAACUUCUAAAGCACGCACAUAAACGAGCAGCAGCCAGGGCUUGGGAACGUGAGAAAGCCCUGGUUGCCGCAGGCUGGGAGGGCAGAGGCUCUUGGACGGAAGAAGAGAAAGAAGAACUUAUAUCACAUGGAAUUGUGGACGGCUGGGUAGCCAGAGACGUCCAUUCCGUGUCUAAGUAUCCUCAACUAGCCGACGACCCAGCGAAUAUCGUGUUCGUACGCGACAGCAGAAGAAAACGAAGAAAGAGUGGGAGAGCGCGACACCGCUCAUAAUUUUAACGUGCCAUAAAUCAACGCCAUUUUGAUUUCCAGAUUUGACACUGGCUAUUCUUUUAGGAAUAGCAGUUUCAAAUGUGGAACGCCGGUAUUUAGUUCUUAAAUAUUUUUUUAUAGGACUGAUGAAGUGUUUAUAAGUGAAUAGGAAUGACGAGUGAGGCUCCUGUGAUCGGUGUGUUACUAAUGGUUGCGAAUAGUAGGAGCUAUUGCUAGGACUGAGUGGAGAAACAGUUUUGUAAUGUUAGUUUACGGUUAGGUUAAGAUUGACUGGAGACCGAAAGAUAUAUAUGUUAAAAAGUAUGUUUUUUUUCGUUACACGUACUUAUGCGUUACAAAGCUCAUACAUUACUUUACUUGCUUUAUACCCUCCAUCGUUGAACUGAACUGAAUCUCGUAACAACUCACUACAGGGUACCGAGUCAUAAAUAAAUAAAGUUAAAUAAUAAAUGAAUAAUAAUAACGUGACUAACUGAGCAUAAUACUUAUAAAAUCAUGGAACCAAAAUACUCAAUACGCAAUCACAAUUUUAACUUUUUUAUUAUUUCAAUGAUAUAUAUUUUUAACCAAUUUAUUAUUUCAAGCUAUGUAACUAUACGUAAAUAACCAUGUAGGAUGUUAUUAUUUAUCACAAAAUCCAUAUAUUCCUAUUAAGUUUUAGCCAAAUAUUUCGUUCAAUCCUUACAUAUUUUAGGUAUUUGUAAAUAAAAAAACGUAUAUUUUAUUCUUGUAGUUGUUCCUUUUAUAGACCUAAGGUCUUUUUACUUCGCAAUACUAACACUAUUUAGCAAUAAUUUUGUAUUUUAUAUCCUCUAAUAUAUCUGACUCUUCAAAUUAAAUGAAAUCUAUAUUUUCUGCUUGUUAGGGAACCACGUUAUCGCUGACUGCCUUCUAAAGUUGUUACAUAAAAUUUGUAGAGAUCAGAUCCCCUGUUUUGGCGUGAAAUUGUAAUUUAAAUUCUUUAUCAAUUAGUUAACCGAUUAAUAAAUAAUAUCUCGAGUAAUUUACAAUGUAGAUAGAUGUCUUUCAGAAGAUUCUUGUACUUUCAAGUGACGCCAAAAAGUGCGACCUACUCUAGACAUGGGCGCUCACGUUAGAGAAUAAGGCGGUCUACUUGCGCUUUACUUUUUUCCUGACAGUGAAGUGCGAGUACACCUCUUGAAAAUCCUUUCUCUUAACGCUGGUCAUAGGCACAAAUGGAACUUUACACGGCCGACUUAGAAAGACUGACUAGACUCACUUGAAACGUCAAGGAAAAGGAAACUUUUAUGUUCACUAUUUUCCUAACUUCCUUUAACUAAAAAAAUAAAAAAUGAUACCGCCCCAAAAAAAUUACAACAAUAUUCCAUUAGACGUGUUUUUCAGUAAAGUAGUAACGCCAUUUUAACAGAACGGAGCGACAGAGUUCUAUGUAGCUUAAAAUAAUCCCAGACAGUAGCUUGACAAAGUAAAAAAUAAAAAAAUAGUCUAAAUAAAAUCUAAACUAAUUAAAGUUACAGUCAACGUAAUACGUACAUUCUGCAUGUGUUGUGCAAUAAUCGAACAGUAGAUCUUAUCGUAACCGUUUAGGAACAAACUUCUUGCUGACUUAACAGAACGUUUACUAGAGACUGACUUAUUGUUUCCACUCCUCCACGUAGCCGCCCAGCCAUGUUAUGCUCCCCUAGACGCAGUGACGCGGCGUAACAUGUGCAGCGCAGUUACAAAUGUUAAUACUAUUGUGAUUCGUAGGAUGUUUCCUCAACGAUAAGUCAGCGAGAAGCACAAAUUGUAAUUAAAAAAGUAGAUAUUUAUAGUAUAUGUCCAUAAAUGUGUCUCAUUUAAAAUGUGGUGUCUAUUCUGUGUUAGAGAUACUUAAUGAUAGGUGACUGAGUGGCCGGUGAUAGGAUGAGAAUAUUUUUUACAAAAAGUAUAGAUUUGGUGAAGUAAAUUCAAAAUUCAAAUCUAUCGGGUCGGGCGCCGAAGGCCCCGUUGGUGAUAUUUUGGAAAAUGUGACUAAAAGAAGCAAUACUGUAAUGUAAUACGUCUUACUCUUUAUUUAGAACUUUAAGGUGUAUUUUUAUUUGAAAUUAAUUAAUAAUAUAAUAAUAUAUCUAUUGUGAAUGUAGUUAUUGAUUUCAUGGUGAUAUUUAGAGCGGUAUGUUAUCUUUUUUAUGAUGUAUAAAGAAUUCUAAUUUGUAAAUAGGUACUUAAUUGAGUAUGUAAUCUGUAAAAAUAUUGUACAUAUCUUUACGCUUGAAUUAUUUAUAAUGUAACCCGAUAAGGAUUUUAGGAUAACGAUGAAUUGUAAUAUAUCAUAAUUGAAGGGAUUUUACCGAGAGGUUUUUAUCGUUUGGAUAUAGACUGAACAAGGAAUAAACUAAAAUGUUUGGUGUAUAUCCAAACGGCUUUCCGACUGUCGCGUAAAAUGAGGUUAUCAACCUUUUGGCGGGAAAAUCGUUUUGAGUGACAGCUCUUGACAUCCAUAGACUUCAGCUUCUAGAUUUCUUUAGAGAGCUUACAGUGUACGAUCUUCACACGAAGCAUUUACAUGUAGAACUGAUUUCCUCGUAAUGCAUUUAAUUUGUAUGUAGAUAUGGUGCAUAGACCCCAUUAAAUACUCUGAAUGUGUAUAGAUAGUCAACAGUCAUACUCUGUUAGUCGGGAGAGUGCGUGCUGACCACGCGAGCAUGUACGAUAAUAAUAGAAAGUAUUCUAAUGGAAUAUGUAAUAAAAGUAUUAAAAUAUAA